CGAUUGAUGUCCGCUGCUACAUGGUGGACAAACUCCUGCCCACGUUGAUCCUGGGCGUGGAGAAGCUGCUACUGGAGGUGGAGCGGCGAGGUCUGGAGAACACCUCGGAUGUUACCCGGGAUUUCAACCCCAUUAACUACCUGGCACAGUACCUGAUGAGGAACAACCCUCGGUACAGUAACUUUGCGGAGGCCUCGCCGUACUUCAGGGGAAUGCAGGAGGUCUCGGAACAGCUCAAGAGGGAAGUUCUGUCUUACCAGGACACCAGACUUGCUCGUGUGAAGGCAGAGGCACGGCGUAAGCGCGAGGAGAGAGAAAUGUCGGAGCGGCUGAGACAGCUGGAGUCGUCGCGCCGGGUCGAGAGCCUGAAGGCGCAGUUCCACCACUGGAUACGGGACGAGGACGGCAACGUGCAGCUCUCAUUGGUUCAAAGUGCUCUGAGGUCCUUUAAGGAGAUUGUAGCUCACCUUCCCGAGGACAUCCAGUCAGUUUCUGCCUUCAGUAAGGAACUGGAGCCCACAGAUGAGACAGGGAAGGGGCUGAACCAGGAAGCCUUCAUCAAUUACCUACAGGACCAUGUACAGACGUUACCUGCAGAAGUGUUUGACCAGUUCUCGCGCCAUCUGGCCAAGUGUGCACUGGCCCACCGCGAGGCUGCAGAGAGAGAGGCGAGGCGCAUCAUCCUGUCCAAUCUCUUCAUCACCUGCGAUCACACCUCGAUUGGUCUGCUGGAUCGCCACAGGAUCCUGGCUCUGUUUGAGAAGUUCUGGGACGGUGCUAACACUGAGAUCAAACCCACCCUGAGGAACCCCAGGAAAUGGCCGAUAAUUGAGCUGGAUGAGAUGGACGAUGCCCUGAGCCUGAGCGAGGAUGAACUUGACCUCCAGGUGUCGGAGAUGACGGGAGCGACCUCUGUUUCCCAGGGUACAUCUGUCGCGCCACAGGUUUCUGAUGAAGGGGAGAAGAAGGACCUGGAGAAGGAAACUCCUGCCAUCACUGAAGUGAAGGAAGGAGAAGAAAUGGCCGAGAAACAGGAGAAAGAACCUGAGGCGGAGGCACAGGAAGGAGGGAAGGAAGGAGAGAAGGAAGGAGAACAGAAAGAAGAAGAAAAGGAAGGAGAGAAAGAAGAAGAGAAGAAAGAGGCAGAAGAGGAACCGAAGGGAGAGGAGACAGCAGAAAUGAAGGAUGAGGAUGGUCAGAAGGAGGGAGAGGUGCAAGAAAAAGAAGCUGAAGAAAAACCUGACGGUGAUGCCAAGGAGGAAGAAAAGACGGAAGAGAGUAAGACUGAAGAAGAGAAGGAUGCUGCUCCUGCUGAGGAGGUGAAGGAGGAGGCUGCUGAGGCUGCAGAUGAGCAGAAACCUGAGGAGAAACCAGAGGAACAGGCAGAGCAAGUUACCAUGGCAACAGAUGAGAAAAAGGAAGAGGAGACAACUGAAGAGAAAGAAACAGAGAAGACAGAGGAGUCUGCACCUGAGGAGCAGCAGAAGAAGGAGACUUCAGAAGGUGCUGAGACGUCUGAGCCUGAGAAGGAGGUGGCAGAAGACGUUAAGGAGGAGACAGAAGCACCUAAGGAGUCCACAGAACCUGCAGCAGAAGCAACAGAAGGAAAGAAAGAAGAGGAGGAGAAAGUUACGAUAACGACAGAGUCUGAGAAACCAGAGGUGAAAGAACCGGAGCCAGCUGUGAGGGACGAAGCUUCUGAGUCUCCUACAAAGAGGACAGGCAGAGUCAGUGUGACGUUCUCAUCAGAACCACCACAGAUGCUGGGGAACGACCUGCUGCCACCCAUCACCCCAGACCUGAAUCGCAGCAGUUCGCAGAUGACCCAGAUGACAGGCACCAGCGUUUUUGACGAGAACUCGCUGAACCUGAGCCAGUUUGUCCAGCUGGUGGAAACCUUCCUCGGUGACCACCCAUUCCAGGAGGCUGUGGACAGGCUGGUCGGGUACAUCCAGGACGGGUAUGUGGAGACCGAGGAGGAGAAAAUGUCGCGACUCGCUAAGGCUCGUCGUGAUGCGAUCUCAGCGCGACACAAGUACCUGCUGGAUCAGCUGUUUGAGAAAUGGGACAACGACGGGUCAGGAUUUCUGGACCUGGAGGAGGUUCAGACCAUCCUGCUCAAGUACAAGGAAGGGAUGGAGGCUGCCAUCAUCAAGAAAGCGCGGACCAGUCUAAAGAAGAAGUACCGUCUGCAUGACAACCGGAUGAACCGGCGCGAGUUCCGCACGUUUAUCGAGGACGUGGUUCACCAGCUGCCGGGAGACGACAACGAGUGCUUCGAGGCCGUGAUGGAGUAUCUCAGGGCCAGUGUAGAGCGUUCGUACACAGAGCGUAUCCGUGGCGACGCCAGGAAGAAGUGGCUGCAGCUGAUUAAGAUCGCCGCGGAAACGGGUGGGGCCAGCAUGGACCCGGUCUACAGGGCCGUCUUCAACGCACUGUACAAGGACCAGGAGGCGCAUGGCGGGAACAAGAAGAUCAGCGCGUACAUCGCCAUGUUGGAGCGUAACGACCUGCAGCCCUCGCGGGGUGAGACCCUGCUGCGUUACGUGGCCGUGACACCCGAGGACGCACCCCUCAUGCUCGGCAAGGCCAUGUACAAGGACAUGAAGGGCAUCAGUUUUGCAUCAGUGGAGAGUGGAAAGCCGAUCCACGUGCCACGCGUCAUGAUGCACGGAAACAUCCACCUCUGGAACGCAGACCGCAAGGACCAGGAGGUUGAUGGAUCGUUCAUGGUGGUCCCUCUGAAGGACCACAGGAAGCGGGUGUUCGGGAUGUUGGGGAUUGACACCAUGGCCGACCCUCACGACAGGAGCAUCUUUGUCACUCACGAGAUCAGCUUCUUCCAGGGCAUUGCGAAGGCGUUCAGCGUGGCGUUCCACUACAUUGACAUCCGUCGGAAGAUCCUGCGAAUCGCGGAGAGCGCGGUCCACUGGAUCCACCGCCGCAGCGUCAACGUCAAGCAGAUCGAUGUGUACAUGGUGGAACCGGGAGCAAAGGAUAACGACUUUGUGCUGAGAAAGAUGAUGACGACAGACAAGAGCGGAAAUUCCAAACUGUACGAGGAUCCACAGAGACUGGAGAGGAAGGACAACCUCUUCAGAGACUACCUGUUUAAGAGCGUGACGAACUCGGAGACGGUGACGGCCGACGCGUACGGCGAGCGACACACGGCAUUCCCACUCCGGGACAACGACGGGCGCGCCGUGGCGGUGGUGGACAUCAGCAUCGGGGAACUGAAGGAACUCCCGCACGCGGAGCAGCGAGAGGUCACCCGGAUGCUGAAGAUCCUCCAGUCUGCCCACAAGGAGGUGGAGAAGGAGUCGGCAGGCGCAGAGAAGAAGAGAGUCUUGGAGAUUGAGAAGGAUGAUGACACCCGUAUCGACAUCAUGUUUGAUCGGCUGAUGUUGGUCGACCUUCGACAGAGCGUCUCAAAGCUCGACGUUCAGGCCUUCGCUGAGCUCAAGUCUUAUAAGGACCCUCCUCCGAUCAUCCACCGCAUCUUAAAGGCAGUCCUCAGCAUCUUCUGGCCGGACAAGGCCGUGCUGAACGAGUUUGAGCUGUGGAACUCAGCAAAACAGCGUGUGACCAGUGAGCUGAUGAAGAUGAUCGUCAGUUUCGACCCGACCUCCAAAGACGUGACCUUGAACCCGGAAGCCAUCCUCACACAUCUCAGCGACAUCCCACAUGGGGCUGUGUCGAAGCAUGGUUCAGUCCCGGCGCAGUACCUGUACAACUGGGCGUUCGUGGUCAUCUCGCUCGUGGAACACACGUCAAAGUCUCAAGACGCCGGGCGGCCACAGGCAUACUCUCCACCGGGCAGCUCUGCUAGCACGGAUACCAACGCUACCAUAGACGCUGCCGUGAAGGCGGAAUAACAGAACUGAAGAAGUGUAGUUUUUGAUGAACAUAAAACAAAGGUUUAAACAUAGGGCUGUCCCAAUGUCUUUUCAUAUACUCAAACCAACACCUAAGAUGUACUACAGUCAAACUAAACUAUUGACCACCAACAGCUUAGCGUAAACUUGUAAAUGGUCACUGACAUUACAUGCAUUUGACACGACUUCAACUCAUACUUCGAGGUAUGGUGUAGAUUUUUUUGUACAUUGUUGUUUUCCAGAAUCAAGAAUAUUAAGCAGUAUAUAUUUUUAUUAGACUUCUGCUAAAGGUAUACCCACUUCUGAGAUUUAAAUUGGCCUAAAACAUUAGUCAAAUGUCAUAUAAAGUGAUUGAAAUACCUAUGCAGUAACAUUACAUGUAAAUGUAGGGAGUUUUGUAACCCAGAUGUUUUAUAUGACCCACAGAUGAUUGAAUGUAUAUAUUUGAACCCAAAGUUUAAUUUUGUUUACUGUUUCAAUCAGCUAAGAUAGAUAAUUAUAUUCUUGUGCCCUCAUUUAACUCUGGAAGCAAUUAGAACAAUUGGCUUUGUUCAACA